GAUCCUUUUGCCCUAAAAUUUUAUUUGAAAAUUGGAUUUCUCCAUUGAUUUCAGCCCCCAAAUCUCUCUUUCUCUGCCAUUUUUCUCCAUUGCUAAAACCAGUUUCUCCUUCCCUUUUUCCUCACCCAUCUCAUUGCAAAUCCCACAACUUCUACUGUUAAACUGUUGUUGAAAAAAAUAAGAGUAUGCUUUGGGUUUUGAAGAGUUUAUAUUGAUUGAUAUGUAUAAAGCUCUUGGUAAGCAUAGACUCAUAUAUCGUACUCGCAUUUCAAAUUACGUGAAAACUGGUUUGGUAAACGAAGCACUCCAAGUGUUUGACAAAAUGACUCAAUCAGAUUGUAGAGUUUUCAGCAUUGAUUACAAUAGAAUUAUUGGUGUUUUGAUUCGUACUUCGCAUUUUGAUUUAGCAGAAGGGUAUUAUAAUGAGAUGAAACCAGUUGGGUUUUCUUUGAAUUCAUUGACAUAUUCAAAAUUUAUUUGUGGGUUGUGUAAAGUUAAGAACUUUGAUCUUAUUAGUAGGUUAUUAAAUGAUAUGGAUAGGGUUGGGAUUGUACCCAACUUUUGGGCGUAUAAUAUGUACUUAAAUCUUUUGUGUAGUGAAAAUUUGGUGGAUAUUGCUUUGGAGUUGAUUAGAGUAAUGGGAGAGAAAGGGAGAGAGCCAGAUGUAGUGAGUUAUACUAUUGUUAUUAGUGGGUUGUGUAGGAUUGGACGGUUCGAUAAUGCUGUUGAAAUGUGGCAUACGAUGAUUAGGAAAGGUUUAAGACCAGAUAAUAAGGCUUGCAAAGCUCUUGUUUUUGGGCUGUGUGGGAGUGGUAAGGUUGAUUUGGCUUAUGAGCUGACUUUGGGUAUUCUAAGGGGUCAAGUCAAAUUCAACACGGAAAUAUAUAAUACGCUGAUAAAUGGAUUUUGUCGAGCUGGUAGGAUUGACAAAGCACAAGCAAUUAAGACAUUCAUGAGGAGAAAUGGGUGUGAACCAGAUUUGGUUACUUAUAAUGUGUUCUUGAAUUAUUGUUGUAAUGAGCUUAUGUUGGAAGAGGCGGUGAAGUUGAUAGAGAAGAUGGAAGGAAAUGGGUUGGAACCUGAUGGUUACAGCUAUAACCAGCUUCUCAGAGGUUUCUGCAAAGCGAAUAGAUUAGAUAAGGCUUAUAAGCUAAUGGUCGACAAGAUGGAAACCAAAGGAUUGGUAGACGUUGUAUCUUACAAUACUAUUAUUAGAGCACUCUGCAAGACAGACCACAGUAAGAAGGCAUACAAUCUCUUCGAGGAGAUGGAGCAAAAAAAAAUUGUCCCUGAUGUUGUAACUUUUACGAUUCUUAUAGAAGCUUCUCUAAAAGAAGGCAAUUCUAGUGUAGCUAAGGCACUUGUUGAUCAGAUGACCAGCAUGGGCCUUUUUCCUGAUCGUGUACUGUACACUUCUAUUAUAGAUAACCUGUGCAAGACGGGUAAAUUAGGGGUGGCUGAGAGCAUUUUCCGUGAUAUGGUGGAACAGGGUGUUGCUCCUGAUGUUAUCUCGUAUAAUGCACUAAUCAGUGGAUUUUGCAAGGCUUCUAGAGUAACAGAAGCACUGAGUCUUUAUGAAGAUAUGCAAGCCAGAGGUUUGAAUCCUGAUGAAAUCACCUUCAAAUUGAUUAUUGGAGGUCUCAUACAGGAGAAGAACCUCUCAGUGGCUUGUGCAAUCUGGGAUCAGAUGAUGGAAAAGGGUUUUACUCUUGACCGAGAUUUAUCUCAGACUCUUAUUAAUGCAAUCAACCCAUAGGUUGCACAGUAUCCUGAAUGGCUGACUUGCUUUGAAUCCUUCAUUGGCAAAUUCUAUGGGAUUUGCAGCUCUCGGAACUCAUUAUUUUAGACCUGUUAUAUUCAAGGAAAUGCCAAAAUCACCGAGAUUUCAAGUUGUUUAACCCAAGAUGAACAUUCAUCUGGCUGCUCUGGACUGAAAGUUCCAGAGUGAAUGACCACAAGAAGAGGUAUCAUUUAGAAAUGCUUGCAGUUGAACCAUGUCAGUGAUACUGGAAUCUAUGAUAGUGAAGUUAGGUGCGCAUUUACAUCUUCCCCCUUCCUUCUCAGAUUUCUCUAUGCUGAUGUACAAUAUAGAACCAUGUGUCUUGCAUGUGGUUAAGUUUCAUGAAAAGAGCUAGCCAGGAAAGAUUUGCAGCUUUUUCUGAAUUUGCUUACUCGUGAGACGAUUUGAGCAAUUUCUACAUAAGUUGAUGAAACUAUUUUUAGGCAGAAGAAGGGAAAUACUAUAGUUGCCAAAAGUACUUAAUCUAGUUCUAUACUUGAAAGAUGGGUAAAUUCAACUGGAGGUAAUCCAUAGGCGGAUUGUUUAAUGGUGCUCUUUUUAGACAGUUGUGUAAUUUAGAGAAAACUUUUGGUGGAUAUGCUAGCGUGCAUGAUCUCACUGCUCCCGUACUGGAUAUUUUCACCAAGGGGAAACCUGUGAAAGCAUCUUUAC